ACUCUAACAACAGAAGACAAAAAAUGUGAGAAGAGUUUCAGUAAAGAUGGACGCCCUAAGAAUCACAAGAUGACUCAAAAUGGAGAGAAAUCUUUCACAUGUAAACACUGUGGAAAACACUUCACCAAAAAAUCAACGUUUACAAUCCACAUGAGAGUUCACACUGGAGAGAAACCAUUUACGUGUAAACAGUGCGGGAUGAGUUUUACCCAUCAGUCAGGUGUUGAGAGCCACAUGAGGAUUCACACCGGAGAGAAACCUUACAAAUGCAGUCAGUGUGAGAAAAGUUUUUCCUAUAAAAACGUCCUUAAAGCACACAUGAGAGUUCACACUGGAGAGAAACCUUACUCGUGUCAACAGUGUGGUAAAACUUUCACACAACAAUCAGGUUUUGAUGGCCACAUGAGAGUUCACACCGGAGAGAAACCUUACACAUGUAAACAGUGUGGAAAGAGUUUUCGCUCUGGAAGUUAUCUGAAGGAACACAUGAGAAUUCACACUGGAGAGAAACCUUUUCCAUGCCAGCAUUGUGAAAAGAGUUUCCCAAAUGCAAAACAACUUGACAGACACAUGAGAGUUCACACCGGAGAAAAACCUUUUGAAUGUCAUCAAUGCGGAAAUUUUUUCAGAUGUUAUAGUAACCUUAUUUCACACAUGAGAAUUCACACUGGAGAGAAACCGUUCACGUGUAAACAGUGUGGGAAGAGUUUUGCCCAAAAAAACACCCUUGACAACCACAUGAAAAUUCACACUGGAGAGAGACCAUUCCCAUGUCAUCAUUGUGAAAAGAGUUUUAAGCUUAAUGAUCAGCUUAAGAGACACGUGAGAAUUCACACUGGAGAGAAACCAUUCAAGUGCCAUCACUGCGAGAAGAGUUUUACCACUGGUGGUAACCUUAAUGAACACAUAAGAGUUCAUACCGGAGAGAAACCAUUCGUUUGUCAACAGUGUGAAAAGAGGUUUUCAGGAACAAGCCAACUUAAAAGACACAUGAGAGUUCACACUGGAGAAAAACCAUUCAAAUGUAAACUGUGUGAAAAAAGUUUUAGAAAUACAAAUAACCGUAAGGUGCACAUGAAAGUUCACACUGGGGAGAAACCGUUUGCAUGUCAACAGUGUGAAAAGAGUUUUAUGACUAAAAGUAAGCUUGAGAUACACAUGAGAGUUCACACCGGAGAGAAACCAUACACGUGUCAACAGUGUGGAAAGAGUUUCAGCGAUCUAUCAGGACUCAAGAGGCACAUGAAAAUUCACACUGGUGAGAAACCAUACGGAUGUCAUGAUUGUGAAAAGAGUUUCCACGAAGCAUCUGAACUUAAGAGACACAUGAGAACUCACACUGGAGAAAAACCAUUCGCAUGUCAUCAUUGUGAAAAAAGUUUUAUAAAUGCAACUUACCUUAAGAUACACACGAGAAUUCACACCGGAGAAAGCCCAUUCACAUGCAGUCAGUGUGGAAAAGAUUUCAGAGAUGAAAAUAAACUUAAGAUACAUGCAAGAAUUCACACUGGAGAGAAACCGUUCCCUUGUCACGGGUGUGGAAAAAAAUUCACAAGUGAAGACACUCUUAAGAAACACAUGAAAAUUCACACCAGAGAGAAACUUGUCGAAUGCCAGGAGUGUGGAAGUAAAUUCGCAGAUGAAGGCGCUCUGAAGAUUCACAUGAAAAAGUACACUGGAGAGAAACCGUUCACGUGUCCACACUGUGGGAAGUGUUUUACAUGGAAAUGUAGUUUCAGAAUUCAUCAGCGCUCUCACUCUGGAGAAAAGAGAUUUAAAUGUGAUGAGUGCAGUAAAAAGUUUAAAUCCUCAUCACAUCUGAAGAGACACAUGAGUGUUCAUGCAAAGGUGAAAUCUUAAUUUUGUACUGCUUGUUUUAAAGUGUUCAUGUCAGUAACAGCCUGCAUGUUGGUUUGAGAUCUCGAUUUGCUUUAAGUGUGGUUAAACUUUGAGAAAAUGUUUGGGUUUCGUAUGCCCCCAGACCACCUUCACAUUUUUAUUCUUAUAUUUAGUGACUUUUCAAAUUUUGUAAACUCUAUUAAAAAUCUGUUUUUUCUUGAUAAUGUUGAUUAUUCCAGAAAGCUGGUUAUGUUUGAAAUUGAAAAUGUGUUUAUGGAUAAUAUGUGGGCACAUUAACUAUUGGUUACCAGUAGGAGGUUGACUUAACCAACUCUUACCAAGUGUUUUGGAACCAACAUGAUCAGGGUAAUCAAGUUUUGGGUUAAUCAACUGAAAGUUCAGGGUUUCAUUGAUGGUAAGUUAAACCCACUUUCUUAUAUACACCAUAGUAAUGUUUUGGCUACAAAAAUAAUUUUUGCAUGCUGACUGGUUGUUUGGCACCUCAGGUGAACACAAACCUAUUUUUUAAGUAUUAACAAAUAGCCAACAGUGUUAUCCUUUACACUACCUUGUUAUGUAAACAAACUAAUUCAUUAUUCAUUUGAAUGCUUUCACUUAACCUAUGCUUUAGAUGUUCUUAGUUGUAUUUAGACAACCUUUUGUUUUCAUAGUUUUGAUUUGUACGUGUUAACUUUUUUCUGUUUGAUCUUUUUAAAGUAAAUCUGCUCGUUGUUUAAUUACUGUUUUUUACCUUCUUAACUCCCACCCUGAUUUAUCCAAGAUAUGUCUGUUGUUAUGUUCAUGUAUGUUGUUAAACUUGUUCAUGGUUUUCUCAUUGAUUUGGCUCAUUUAGAUUCAAAACCUCUGACUUCCUUGUCUCUUAAAGUUGAUAGAUAUGUAGAUCUGAGAAA